AGUCAAAUUUUUACCUAUUUUUUCUAACACGUGUCACAAAUAUACACGGUUCAAACCCUAUAUAAAAGAAAACAACAAUCAAGUUCAAUACACUCACAUGAUGAACGUUGAAUUCUUGCCCAACAAGAAAGGAAGCAGCAAUAACCCACCAAACACGCUUAUACAAGUCUUAUAAAAACCUAUAAACAAUUCAACAUAACAAAACUACACUUCAAAGUUAAAAAAAUCACCAUGAACGACAGCAACACCAACCAAAACGACAGAGUAAAAUCACUAGAUUUCAAAACCCUAAAAGUUAUCUCAGCUGUAGGACGCGGCGCCAAAGGCGUCGUGUUCCUGGCGAGAACCGGUAACCGGUCGUCAGAAGAAUAUCUGGCACUGAAAGUAAUGUCAAAAGCUCUCAUAGAUCAGAAGAAAUCAAAAAAUCCUAAAGGUUGUGGUGAGUAUAAGAGAGCCUCGUUUGAACAAGAAGUGCUACGUAGUUUUGAUCAUCCUCUUUUGCCGCGGUUGCGAGGUGUUUUCGAAACUGAGAAGAUUGUUGGAUUCGCCAUUGAUUAUUGCAAUGGUGGUAACCUCCAUUCUCUCAGAAAGAAACAGUCUGAGAAAAUGUUCUCCGAUGAUGCCAUCAGGUUUUAUGCUGCUGAAAUGGUUCUGGCAUUGGAGUAUCUACACGAUUUAGGAAUAGUUUACAGAGAUUUGAAGCCAGAUAAUGUGAUGAUUCAAGAAAAUGGUCACAUAAUGCUCGUAGAUUUCGAUCUCUCUACAAAGCUGAAACCUAUAACACCACCUCAAUCACUGAGUCACAACUCGUCUUCAGAGAGAUCCAAACCUUCUAAGGAAAAGCACACGAAGAAUCGAUUGUUCUCGCGGUUCUACCGUUGUAACUCAGGGAUCUCACCGUGUGACUCCGAUUUCCUUCCAACAGAUUCCGGCUCAUUCAAACGCAACGAGCCGGAAUCUGUUGAGAAAUCAAAGUCAUUUGUUGGAACGGAAGAGUACGUGGCACCUGAAAUUGUAAACGGAAAAGGUCAUGGUUUUGAAGUUGAUUGGUGGUCGUUAGGUGUUGUUUUAUACGAAAUGUUGUAUGGAACGACGCCGUUUAAUGGGACUAAUAGGAAAGAAACGUUUUACAGGAUUUUGUCAAAGGAACCUGAGUUAACGGGAGAGAAAACAGCGUUAAGGGAUUUGAUUAGGAGAUUGUUGGAAAAGGAUCCUGACCGUAGGAUUAAGGUGGAUGAAAUCAAGGGUCAUGAUUUCUUUAAAGGAGUAAAGUGGGACACGGUUUUGGAAUUGGCAAGACCACCUUAUAUUCCUCCACUAAUUGAAGUUGAGAAUGAGAAUAAUAAGGGGUAUAGUAGAAAUUAUGUGGAGGUAUUUGUUCAUGAGGUAUUUUUUCCUGAAAGUGAUGAUGAUGAUGAAGAGAAAAAGAAGAAUAAAAUGGAGGAAAAGAAGGAUAAAAAAGUGUGGGUUGAUAAAUUGAGUAGUAGUCUCAAUGAGAAUGAGGAUUUUUUUAUUUUUUGAUAUGAUUUAUAUUCUUUGAUAGCUAUUUUAUUUUGUAGAUAUUAUAUAUAGUAUUUUUAGGCAUCUAACUGUUAGAUAAUUUUGAGUCAAAAAAUUGUUAUAUACUAUAGAUCAUAUUGCCAAGAUCUAUAAACUUCUUUGUUAUUUUAUUGUAUUAAUCAUAUGAGACCUAGCACAAUUUUUUUGACCGAUAA